CAGUGCAUCUCGGGAAGACAAGAGCUCUCGAAAAGGCAAUUUAUUUAAUUGAAUUAAAUUCAUCAAUAGCCAUCGACAGUCCGUCGUUUGACGAGCCACAAUGAAAUUUUCUGCGGUUUUUGUGAUCCUCCUCGUUCUACUGACGGUGGCCGUGCUGAGUGAAAACGCGGGCCGUACCUACUGCGGUCGCUACCUGGCCCGUACCUUGGCCAAUCUCUGCAGCGACGCUGGUCAGGAAAAGCGCGGCGAAGACUGGUCAUGGCUGUCCGCAUCCGGCCGUAAGGAUGGCGCCGUGACUGAGAAUGGCGUCGCCAACGAGUGCUGCCUCCACCCCUGCACCCUAGAGGUUCUGCUUUCCUACUGUUAAAUCCAGACAACAUGUUCUACGGUGUUAAAUAAUUUGUACUAAUUGAUGUAUCAUUUUGGA